GAUGUUCAGAAGGAGAGAGAACCUCAUGCUUAUCUCAGUAAAGAAGAAGUUAAAGAGAAGAUACAAAGCUAUAAUUCAUCUGUCACUGAUAAAUUAAAGAUGACCUUGAAUGCGAAUGGGAUUUACACUGGCUUCAUCAAAGUUCAGAUGGAACUAUGCAGACCGAUCACUGUGCAGUCUUCCCAGAGCCAGGGCAGAUGUCCUCACAGCAAUAAUGAAACUGCUUUUUACUUGCCAGAGGGCUGCAUGAAUACCCUUCAUAUCAGCAGCACCAACACUGUUCGUGAAGUUAUAGAGGCCUUGCUAAAAAAGUUUUUCGUGGCUGACAACCCUGCGAAGUUUGCACUUUAUAAACGCUGCCACAAGGAAGACCAAGUUUAUACAUGCAAGCUGUCAGACCGGGAACACCCCCUCUACCUGCGUUUGGUGGCAGGCCCCAAAACAGAAAUGCUCAGUUUUGUUUUACGUGAGCAUGAAACUGGAGAAGUCAUGUGGGAAGCUUUUACUAUUCCUGAACUGCAAAACUUCCUGCGUAUACUGGACAAAGAGGAAAACGAACAACUGCAAAUCCUAAAGAAGCGUUAUGCAGCUUACAGGGACAAACUUGAAGAAGCCCUUGGUGGGGUGUGGAAACCUGGUUAAAAGGGGGCCAAAGGACACUCAGGAAAAAUGCACGCUACCAAAUGUCAAUAUAGCAUGCCAAACCCAACCUAUAAAGAGCAGCAGAGAGUAGUUUUCUUUAUUGGGAAGACUGUUUUGUGAUGCCAGGGUACCUGAAUUUUGCUAUAGACUUAGUUCGAUAAGCCAGGUCACUUAGCAUCUUGCACCAACAAGUAAGGGAUUCUGCAUGUUUGUACAUCAGUUUGCAACCCUCUGUGUGCCUAGAGAGUUUUCCAAGUUAUCUUGGUGCAAGCUGUGAAACUGUAAUCAAUUUUCUAGGAUGCUAUGAAAUAAGAUUUUUUUGUUUGUUUGUUUGUUUCUUCUUUGCUUUAAUGUUAGCUUUACAAAUAAGGAUGUGCAAAUUGAUGGGUUAAACUAAAAAUGAAUUAAACUGGGCAAGAAUUAGUUGGAGCACUAUCUUUGAGAUGAAAUUGAUUUGCACUACCUUUCUGGUUUUGAACAGUUACUGUAUAAUUUGUGAGAGAACUGUUAGAGAUGGAUGACGUGAGAUCCUGUGGUUUGUUCUCUGAAAUUUGUGGAAAGCUUUAAAAUGGUCUUUCUAGAGAAGGUAAAGAGAAAGUUGAAAAGAAGGUGAGUUGAAAGAGUUAGAAUUAACAGCUGAUAGAGGAGGACUGGUUUUAAAUGGAAAUAGUAUUUACACAGAGGAAAGUUAAAAUAGUAAUUCUACAAGAUUAAAGUUUUAGGAUGUUAUAAUAUUGUGAAUAAGUUUUAUGGUCUUUUAACUGCAU